AAAUGAGAUAAAUUAAAAGGCACCCCCCGCGCGGGGAUAUCUUGAACGGAAAACCCUUCCAAACAACCAAUGCAGUGGAAUUUCUAUAUUUUUGUAGGGAUUUUUUCUAAUAAAUAUUUUGACUUUGAAUCUAUAUUUUGCGGUGAGCGAAACGCUCUCUCUGUGACAGUUAAUCGUAGCUCGUAGAUCUUUCAAGUUUCAAAGAUUCGGGGCCCAACUCAUAAGCUCCUCGAGCCAUAACCAGGCCCGUCGCCCAACCCAGGCCAGCACAGCUGUGCUCCUUCGAAUCACCAGCCGCUGCGCAGCUGUCCCCCGACAUCCACCGCCAGCCCUUUCAAGCAUUUCACUGCCGCCAGUCCUGCUGUCUGCCAUUGCGUUGCUUCGAGUUUGAGCCUGAAAGACAAGAUUGCCACAAGGCUAGAGAGAUGGCUGGUGGUGGUGCAUUUUGGGGAACGAGACUGAUGGAGAUUGUAAAGAAGCACGACUCAGGAGGCCUGGUUUGGAAGAGAAUAAAGCUUACUACCACCAGAAAAGCCAAUGCCAAGAAGCGACUUCUCAGAGUUUGGCAGAAUGAAGCUGUCCUGAAGGCAUGUGCUGAGGCUCCACCUUUGAAAACUUCAGCCACCAGUAGUGAUUCCACUGGGGAAAAAGACAACAAGAGCAGCCAAUGAGUAAGAACUGUAGGAGCCUGUAUGGAGUAAUUGAUGAUUCCUGAUUUUCAACUUCCAUAAUUUUGUUACUUGUUAAUACACUCAUUGUUUAUUGUGAAAUAGCAUAGUGACUUCCCAGCUGCAGGACAAGGUUCUAUUGUAAUCUUGUAUCAUCUUGGCAACUCUCCUCUGAAAUUCCGUUGGGAGUAUGAAAUUAUUAUAAAAUUUUUGCCUGUUGAUGAUGCUUCUAUAAAA